AUUGGAUUGUGUGUGGCUGCGUCAGUAAAACGUAUUCUUAAAAGCAACCAUUGGUGUGAUUCCUUCUAUAAGAGAAAUCGUCAGCGUGAAGCAAUCUUCAAUCUCAUCGCAUAUCUUCUCCGAUUCCGAUUCGUCUCUGCAAUUGAAUCUUCCGGUGGGCGGAGAUGGCGGCGUCUGCGAGGAUUUGUUGCGGAGGAGGAAGUGCAUGUGCCGUUCGUUGUGAUCGUCGUACGUUGAAUUUGAAUUCUCGAUCGUCUUGUGUUGUUCCGGUGACGAAUCGACGGAAUCGAUGUGAGAUCGGGAAGGUUUCGAUGAGGAUGGAGAAUUUGACACCACCGUCUGCGGCGGUGAAGAUUGAAAGGAUCGGUGAAAGGAAACGUGGUGGAUCUGUUGUGUCGAGGGAGAAGCUUGAUGUGUGGUUGAGAGAUUCGGUGGUUGAGAUUGUUAAGAAUCUUAGGGAAUCUCCGUUAUUGAUGCAUUUAUACGCGGAGGCUAAUGGUGGUUUGACGACGACGGCAACGAAUCCAGAGGCGGAGGAUUGGCCGGAGAUGGAAGGGAAGUGGGAUAGAGGAGAAGAGAGGACGCCGGAAGGAGUUAUACUCGUGGAGAAGCUCGCUGACGGUGACGUAGAGGAUGAUGAUGAUCACGAUGGUGGCGCGUGUGGAGAAGAUACAAGCGCGUGGGGGAUUGUGGCGCAAGGAAGAGGAACGGAUAGUGGGCCGGUUUGUUAUCUAUUGAAAACGACCCGGGUCGGGUCGGGUAUGGGUACGGUUUGCACCCAUUUCUGUUUGGUUAAGGUCAAGAGUUUUAGGGAGACGGCCAUGUCACAGUUGAAUAACUCAUGGUUGGUGCAGACUGGUCAAUGAAACAGUGAUUAUCAAAGGAUUUAAACUGUAAAUUAUUUAUUCUCUUUGGGUUUUUGAUUAUGAACCCUUAUGGAUGAUCAAAUUACCUUUGUUAUUACUACAAAAUUUAGAAAUUUGGAAUGGUAUACUGUAAAUGAAAAGGUCAAGUUGAU